AUUCAUCCUCCCCCAAACUGUGAAAAGGGAGCUCUUUUCCUCGCUUUUGUGUUCGAUUUGUGGAGUGGGUGCUGGAGAUUGAAAGCCGUCUACUUUUGACGAGAUCGUUGGCCCUCGAUGCGAUCUUCUUUCUAGGGUUUGAUGGGCAAUUCGUGCCGGGGAUCCUUCGGAAGCAAGUACUACAACCACAGCUUCUCAAAGCCCGGGGAGCGACCGGCGUCCAAGCGCUCCGAGGAUAGCUCCGUGUCCGACGACACAUCCAAGAAGCCGGCGCAGAAGCAGCGCGACGCCGGUGCCGCUCCCGCCGCCAUCGUCAUGAGGCGGGGCGUCGAUCCCAACGCCAACUAUGUGCUCGGACACAAGACGCCCAACAUCCGGGACCUCUACCUCGUGGGGCGGAAGCUGGGGCAGGGGCAGUUCGGCACCACGUUCCUCUGCACCGAGAUUGCCACCGGGAAGGAGUACGCCUGCAAGUCCAUCGCCAAGCGGAAGCUGAUCUCCAAGGAGGACGUGGAGGACGUGCGGCGGGAGAUCCAGAUCAUGCACCACCUGUCCGGGCACAAGAACGUCGUCACCAUCAAGGGCGCGUACGAGGACUCGCUCUAUGUGCACAUCGUGAUGGAGCUGUGCGCCGGCGGGGAACUGUUCGACCGGAUCAUCGAGAGGGGGCAUUACAGCGAGCGCAAGGCGGCCGAGCUCAUCCGGGUCAUCGUAGGGGUCGUGGAGGCCUGCCACUCGCUCGGGGUCAUGCACCGGGACCUCAAGCCAGAGAAUUUCUUGUUGGUGAAUAAGGACGACGACUCCUCCCUGAAGGCCAUCGAUUUUGGGCUCUCCGUGUUCUUCAAGCCAGAUCAAAUUUUUACUGAUGUGGUCGGAAGCCCAUACUAUGUUGCUCCUGAAGUACUAUGCAAGAACUAUGGACCAGAAGCUGAUGUGUGGACUGCUGGUGUUAUAUUAUACAUACUCUUGAGUGGUGUGCCACCUUUUUGGGCUGAAACACAGCAAGGAAUAUUUGAUGCAAUUUUGAAGGGAGUAAUUGAUUUCGAUUUGGAUCCUUGGCCUUUGAUCUCCGAAAGUGCCAAGGAUCUUAUAAGAAAAAUGCUUUGCUCUACUCCUUCGGAACGCUUGACCGCCCAUCAAGUACUAUGUCAUCCCUGGAUCUGUGAUCAUGGAGUUGCUCCUGAUCGAGCCCUUGAUCCAGCAGUCCUCUCUCGCCUCAAAAACUUUUCAGCAAUGAACAAGUUAAAGAAGAUGGCUUUGCGAGUUAUAGCUGAAAGCCUUUCAGAGGAGGAGAUUGCUGGAUUAAAAGAAAUGUUCAAGGCAAUGGACACGGACAACAGUGGGUCAAUUACGUUUGAUGAGCUUAAAGCAGGUUUGAGAAGAUAUGGUUCUACUAUGAAGGAUACAGAGAUUCGGGAUCUCAUGGAAGCUGCUGAUGUGGACAACAGUGGUACCAUCGACUAUGGUGAAUUUAUUGCUGCGACAGUACAUCUCAACAAAUUGGAACGCGAAGAACAUUUGGUGGCAGCUUUUUCAUAUUUUGACAAGGACAGUAGUGGCUAUAUCACAGUUGACGAGCUUCAGCAAGCUUGUAAAGAGCAUAAUAUGACUGAUGCUUUCCUUGAAGAUAUUAUUAAAGAAGUGGAUCAGGAUAAUGAUGGUCGUAUUGACUACGGCGAAUUUGUUGCUAUGAUGCUGAAGGGCACAAUGGGAGUGGGUAGAAGGACAAUGCGGAACAGUUUAAAUGUAAGCAUGAGGGAUGCACCGGGAACUUAUUGAAAAUUUUAGUGUGUACAGUUUCCGCUCGAAAGUGGUUAUUUACUUGUUUUUGUUGCCCUUUAUUGUGUUUGGUUUGUGAAAUGAAUAUGGAAACAGCAUUUGCUGAAGAAUUUGAGGACUUGCCGUAUUUAUUAAAAUUAAACUGGAAGUUAUGGAAA